UUUUCCCAAAUGUCGGUGUUUGCUGUUUUAUCACAUAAACUUGCAUCUCCUUAAACCCCAUUUUUCAAUCCUCUCAAGUCUUCUCAUACCCUAAAAAAUCCCCAAAAAUGACUUUCUCGAAGCAUCUUGUUUCAAAACUCCGCAACCUCCCAACCAUCACCCAAAACAUAUCUCGUUCCCUAUCCACCGCCGCCGCAACCGCCACCAUCAAUGACAACCCAUCUCCACAGUCAAACGAUUCUUCCAUCUCAAUCAAAGGGGUUAAAAUCUCGGGUCGCCCUCUUUACCUAGACAUGCAAGCUACCACCCCUGUUGACCCACGGGUUCUUGACGCCAUGCUUCCUUAUUACAUCUCCCAGUACGGUAAUCCGCAUAGUCGAACCCAUCUUUAUGGUUGGGAAUCCGAAUCUGCUGUUGAAACUGCCCGUUCUCAGGUUGCCCAACUCGUUAAUUGCUCCCCAAAAGAAAUCAUUUUCACUUCCGGUGCAACCGAGUCGAACAACAUCUCUAUCAAGGGUUAUAUGCACUUUCAUAAGGCUUCUAAGCGCCAUGUUAUUACCACCCAAACUGAGCACAAGUGUGUUCUUGAUUCGUGUCGGCAUCUUCAGCAAGAGGGUUUUGAGGUGACUUAUCUUCCCGUUGAGAAUGAUGGGCUUGUUGAUUUGGAUAAGCUUCGGGCAGCGAUUCGACCUGAUACUGGGUUAGUUUCUGUUAUGAUGGUUAAUAAUGAGAUUGGGGUUAUUCAGCCUGUUGAGGAAAUUGGAAGGAUUUGUAAAGAAUUUAAUAUUGCGUUUCAUACUGAUGCGGCCCAGGGUUUAGGGAAAAUUCCAAUUGAUGUGGAGAAGAUGAAUAUUAGUUUGAUGAGUUUGAGUGGGCACAAGAUAUAUGGGCCUAAAGGGGUUGGUGCUUUGUACAUUCGUAGACGUCCUCGAGUGCGGGUUGAGCCUCAGAUGAAUGGGGGUGGGCAGGAAAGAGGGCUUCGUAGCGGGACUGUGCCUACCCCAUUGGUAGUUGGGUUUGGAGCAGCUUGUGAGGUGGCUAUGAAGGAAAUGGAGUAUGAUGAUAAGAGGAUUCGGACAUUACAAGAUAGGUUAUUGAAGGGGAUUCGAGAGCGUGUGGAUGCUGUUGAAGUGAAUGGUAGUGCUGAGAGGCGGUAUCCAGGGAAUUUGAACUUAUCUUUUCGGUUUGUUGAAGGGGAGAGCUUACUAAUGGGGUUGAAGGAGGUUGCAGUUUCGAGUGGAAGUGCUUGUACUAGUGCUAGUUUGGAGCCAAGUUAUGUAUUAAGAGCUCUUGGGGUUGAUGAGGAGAUGGCCCAUACUUCGAUUAGGUUCGGGAUAGGAAGGUUUACUACUGAGGAAGAGAUUGAUAGAGCAGUCGAGUUGACGGUGAAGCAGGUUCAAAAACUGAGGGAAAUGAGUCCACUUUAUGAAAUGUAUCAGCAAGGGAUUGAUCUUAAGAGUAUUCAAUGGGCUCAACAUUAAGUUUAUAUUGAUUGAUUUUGAGUGAAUGAUGGGCUUUUUGUAGUGUAGAGCUCCUGUAUGUUGGAAGAACAACUCAUUGCUUGAGUUCCACUGUCUAAUAACAGGCUUAAUGCUUAUAAGAGGUCGACCUUUAAGUUGCUUCAUAGAUUUUUGUGGAGUAUGUAUCAGCUAUAUGAGCUAGGAAUUUCAAGAGGUGAGUUUAUGCUUCUUGUAUUUUGUAAAUUACUCUUUGAUGAAACUGUUUGAAUUUUGGCAAUGAUAAUAAAUGGAUGCUUUCUAAUUUACAUGUUGGUUUU